AUGAAGUUAAAUCAUCAACCUCAUUAUUCGGGAAUACAACAAGAAGGAUCAGUGCGUGAUUACAGAGAAAGGUUUGAAGCUCUUUGUCUUCGCUCAGUUACCUUACCAGGACAAGGCUUCGAGGAGAUGUUCUUACAAGGGUUGCAACCUAGUUUGCAAACUGCAGUUCGAGAAUUGAAACCGAAUGGGAUUAACAGCUACCAAUCAAGACAGGCGGAGCUGAUGAGCCUUACCCUGGUACAAGCUAAGCUGGAUGUGGUAAAGAAGAAAAAAGGAGUUAUAAAUGAGCUGGAAGAAUUAGAGCAGGAUAGUUAUACCUUGAGACAGGGAAUGGAGCAACUAGUGAUAGAUUUAACCAGGAACAAAGGUAUGAGAUUCUAUGGCUUCAUAUUAGAUCAUAAGGUCGUUGUAGCUAUAGAUUCUGGAGCAACCGACAAUUUUAUCUUAGUUGAGUUAGCCUUCAGUCUCAAACUACCCACGAGUAUUACAAACCAAGCUUCAGUUUUAUUGGGACAAAGGCAGUGCAUACAAAGCGUAGGAACUUGUCUCGGAAUUAGAUUAUGGGUUCAAGAAGUUGAAAUCACUGAGAAUUUCCUUCUGCUAGACUUGGCCAAGACUGAUGUGGAUGUGAUUCUUGGUUAUGAGUGGCUCUCAAAACUGGGAGAGACAAUGGUUAAUUGGCAGAAUCAAGAUUUCUCUUUCAGCCACAACCAACAAUGGAUCACUCUUUGUGCUGAGCACGAAGAACUUGAGCAAGUUACUACAAAAGUAAAGAUGAAGAGUGAAAAUGAGCAAGAGGAUAUUGAAGAACAGAGAAAUAACGAUGGGGAAAUGCUUGUUGUUUCCUACCUUGAGGACAAGGUAACUUUAAAAGGAGAGAGUAAGGUUACAUGUGGAGGAAUCGCUAAGGAAAUACAAGGUGGACAUGAUACUAAAGAGAAUGACGAUGAGAAAUCAUUUUUUGGGCAACCCGGGGUGAAACACAGUGAAGUUGUAGCUGGAAGUACGCGGAACAUGUCAACCAAGAGUGAGAAAGACCAAACCCGCUCCGUGUGUGUUAAAGAACCGUUUGAAGUUGUGGGAUUGUAUCAUCCUUUUAAAACUGUGGUUUCAAGGCUAAUGAUUGAAUUCGGUAAAGAGGUUACACAAAUGCAUGUUGAGGAGAUGGUUGAUAAGUGGGAAUCAAGUGUCAAAAAGAAGGUUGCAGCUGUAGGCUCAACCGAAGUUAGGACACUCGUCCAAGGAAUUCACUUUCUUCCACCUUGA